AUGAGAAAGAUGUCAAAAGAAUACGAAAUGAGUCAAGGAUCGAUAAGUACUAUUGUCAAGGACAAGCUGAAGAUGAUUCCCUACCGUAUGCAGAAAGGAGCCUUCCUCAGUCAAAAAAACAAGACAUUGCGGAUGAAAAAGGCUCGAAAGCUGCUCGCUGGCACGAAAGAUGGCUCGCAUCUGACGACGCUAUUUACCGACGAGAAAAUCUUCACUGUGGAGACGAACAAGAACGGCCAAAACCAUCCGAUCAUCGCUACUGACUAUCAGAGUGCCUGUGAAAAAGGAAAAAUUCUGAAUAAAACUUCGCAUCCGGCUUCCGUGAUGGUUUUUGCCGGAAUUACCGCUGACGGCAAAACUCCGCUGAUUUUUGUGGAUUCUGGAGUCGAAGUGAACCAAGUAUACUACAGGGAGUAGAUUUUAAAGUUGAGGGUGUUGCCCUGAGCCAAUUCUCACAACAAAAACCGAUCAUGGACCUUCCAGCAGGACGGCGCCCCCGCUCAUCGUGCCAAAGGGACUCAAGAGUGGUGUCGCGCCAAUUUUCCGAGUUCAUCUCGGCUGCUGAUUGGCUUGCUUCCUCGCCCGACCUCAACCCGAUGGACUAUGCCGUGUGGAUAUAUCUGACCGAGAAGGUCUCUUCUAAGAACUGCCCAAGUAUCAAAGCCCUGAAGACCGCGCUCAUCAAGAAAUGGGACGAAAUCGACGACGACUACCUUCGUGCCGUGAUCGAUGCGUAUCCGAAGAGACUGAAGGCCGUUAUCAAAGCUAAAGGAGGACGUUUUGAAAACUAUUCUUGA